UGUUGGUAUGACAUACUGUUUGUCGUGUUUUUUUAUCUUACGGCACUACGCUGUUUUACCAAUAUAACCACUCUAAUGAAAAAAUUAAGUCAAUUGAUAAUCUUAUUUUACACCUCUACAAUAAAUUCAAUAAUUAAACCUACGAUUGAUUAAUAAAUUAGAAUUAAGGUAUACUGCAUGUCAUUCGAUAUAAUAAACAAACAACAAUUAUAUAUUAUAGCUAUUACUAUUAUUGUUGUAAUUAUUGAGUUCUGUAGUGGUGAACAGGGAGGUUAUAUACUACCGCGGUUACCUCCACCCACUCGUUGGUAUAGUUGCGCGCGCAUCGGCGGCCAAUGACUAAUGCGUUUCGCGUGUGGUGGCUAGGAAGAAAUUCAGACGAGUCAUUUGUCCACUUGUUCACUGUUGCAACACAGCUCUUAUCCGCGGCCUGUCUUGGAUUCAAUCACGCGGCGCACGGUAAGAAAGUACAGCAUAUAUUGUUGAAUAGGUUGAUAACAAGGUUGAAAAUAUGUCUAUUGAAACAAAAAAUCACGAACUUACCGAGGAGAAAAUUAGUGAUACGAAGAUAGUUCCAAUUGAUGUAGAAGUUAAUCAGCAGAAUGAUAAAACGAUGGAUAAGGAUAUGCCCACUGAGAACACUUGUUCUGUAGAUAAUAUUUCGAAUAAAAUGGACUCUGAAGAUGAAAUCACUGCUGGAAAGGAUGAUGUAAAGUGCGGGUUCCGUGUUUUAAAAGAUCCUGAUUGGGUAAAAGAAUGUAAUUGGAGAUCAUUACCAAAUAAUGGAGUUGACGAAGCGGUUAAAGAAUUCAUGACAUGUAAAAUACAUGAUCCGACGUAUAGACCAAUUCCGAGAUUUCUUAAUCUCCCCCUCACAUUCGAACAAUUCAAUCCGGUAUUCAAAUCAAAAGUAAACAAUGAUCCAAAGGCCUAACCUAACUUCACUGUGCAUUUUAUAUACCUAAUGAUAUUUCCGCCAUAAAGUUCUCAGUAUUUAUCAUUUUGUAAUUGAUUUUUUUUUUUUUUUUUUUUGUAUUAACUUAAAUGAAAUGUUUUGUUUCCAUAUGAUUUCCAUAAUUUACUAGAUAAUUGUACAAUUGAAUUCACUCAGCUUAUAAUAUAAUACAAGUACACAAUAAAAUGUGUAUGUAUAAUAAGUACAAAUAUAGAAUCUUAAGUAAAUUUAGUUUGAACUUUUUUGUAUUUUUAUUCAUUUUUUUUUUUUUUUUUAAUAUUAACUUUAAUUGUACUAAUUAAGUAAUCUGUUUUAUAAAUUUUUAAACAAUUCAUAAAUAUGUUAUUAUCCAAUAUGAGUAUUGACCAUACUCGUUAGGUAGUGCUUAUCAUUUAUUGUAAUUUAAUAUAAUAUAGUUGUGUGUCACCGUAUAUGUAACUUUUUAGCACCAAUUAAGUGAUUUUUUUUUCCAUUGGUUGUUUCCCUUGAUAUUACAAUUUGAAAAUAAAAUAUUUGUUAAAAUAAGAAUUGAUAAAUUAUUUUAUCUAUUAAUUUUAUUUUAAGUUUAAUUAAUAUUUCAUCUUAGUAUCUACCUAUAAUAUAUUUGAUCUGCUUUUUGUUAAAAUAUUUUAGAAUUUUGUUAAUUUUAUCAUUAUUAAUUUAACGCAUAUAAUAUAUUGUUGAAUUAACAAAAUUAAAAUUAUUUCAACAAAAUGGUUAAUAUUAAACUAAAAUAUACUUAG